AUGGCAAAAAGCAGCUGUUGAUCACGUGAUCCAUCAAACAAAGCAAACACACAACUCUAUUCGGCCCUGCAAGUUUUGCACACCAAUCCAAACGGCAUCAAACGGAAAAUCAUUGACCAUUUGUGUAUAUUAUUCCAACUCGCCGAUCUAGCCCAAAUACUUAAUUACUCAUUAUGGCGGACGGAAUUGAUAGAACGGCGGAGGAGAGGAUGGAGUUCACGACCUCAAAAGAGGUGACUGUCGCGCCAACCUUUGAGGACAUGCACUUGAAGGAAAACCUCUUGCGGGGUAUCUAUGCAUACGGAUACGAAUCGCCAUCAGCCGUACAGUCUCGCGCAAUCGUCCAAAUCUGCAAGGGCCGCGAUACCAUCGCGCAGGCACAGUCAGGCACCGGUAAAACUGCGACAUUCUCAAUCAGCAUUCUACAAGUUAUCGAUACAGUUCUGAGGGAAACUCAAGCUCUUGUCUUAUCGCCAACGCGAGAGCUUGCAACCCAAAUUCAGUCCGUGGUUAUGGCCCUGGGUGACUACAUGAAUGUACAAUGCCACGCGUGUAUCGGUGGCACCAACGUUGGUGAGGAUAUACGGAAGCUGGAUCAUGGUCAGCAUGUGGUUUCGGGUACCCCCGGCCGUGUUGCUGAUAUGAUCCGCCGUCGCCACCUCCGCACACGUCAUAUCAAAAUGCUAGUACUUGACGAAGCCGACGAACUCCUCAACCGCGGAUUCCGUGAACAGAUCUAUGAUGUUUACCGUUACCUUCCUCCUGCCACGCAAGUUGUGGUCGUUUCCGCAACCCUCCCCUACGACGUUCUUGACAUGACCACCAAAUUCAUGACUGACCCAGUGCGUAUUCUGGUAAAGCGUGACGAGUUGACACUAGAAGGACUCAAACAAUACUUCAUUGCGGUGGAGAAAGAAGAAUGGAAAUUUGAUACCCUUUGCGACCUCUACGAUACCCUUACGAUCACCCAGGCCGUUAUUUUCUGCAACACGCGACGCAAGGUAGACUGGCUUACGGAUAAAAUGCGUGAAGCCAACUUUACCGUCUCCAGUAUGCAUGGCGAAAUGCCCCAAAAGGAACGUGAUAGUAUUAUGCAGGACUUCCGACAAGGAAACUCCCGUGUUCUUAUCUCCACGGACGUCUGGGCUCGUGGUAUCGAUGUGCAGCAGGUGUCUCUAGUCAUCAAUUAUGACCUCCCUAGCAAUCGUGAGAACUACAUCCACAGAAUUGGUCGAAGUGGCCGCUUCGGACGGAAGGGUGUUGCUAUCAACUUCGUCACCAGUGAGGACGUCAGAAUCCUAAGAGAUAUCGAAUUGUACUACUCUACCCAGAUCGAUGAGAUGCCAAUGAAUGUUGCCGACCUUCUCACGUAAUUGCGCCUUCGGAUGGAGCAGAAAUUGUAACGCAUUCAUUUUCUCUUCUCCUUUUCUCAUCGCAAUUUGCGAAUGCGAGGCAUUCGAUUCUAUUUUCCCCCUUUGGGUCCAAGAUGGGUUGACUCACAGCUCAUUUGUUCACGCUGCAUUAAAUGUCAUGAGAGGCGAGUGACUGAAGGCCAGUGGGACUUGUGGAGGAAAUGGGAUAUAUUUUAAAUUGAGAUACACUAGUUUUUUUUCGGCGAAAUUAACUCUCCAGGGCCCCGGUCGAUUACCGUUGAUGACAUCCUAUCCGAGUCCUUGAUCCUUUCGACCUUUCGAUUUCUCACUUCUCUCAAGCUCUAAUAUGCAGUCUGAGACCUCUUUAAAUAUGCUAAGAAUGAACCAGUGUCACGCUUUCCUUAUUACGGGGGCUAUCCGCGAUGAAAAUUAGGGGACGCAACCUUUUUUUCCCAUUCAUCAAAUGCCAUAUCAUUCCAAUGAUUUCUGCUACGGGGCAAGAUAUAACGUCAGUUAGGGUACCUACCGCGUAUACGGAUUAGGUAGUUAGCAAAAACAAAAGGAUUCAGAACUUGACUUCGUUUAUAAACUUACACCCAAUUUCUCUCUCUCCUCUCUAAAACAAUAGCCGAAGUGUUGCCAAGGCGGAGUAAAUGGCGCGGCCCGCUCUCCCUCCCGUCUACUCGCAGUAGCCCCGGCUCCUAAAGCAUGCUCCCCUACACACAGGUAAAUCCUGUAGUUUGCCAAGAACCACUUCUGCGUCGAAUAAUCAGUGAGAUGAGUUUUUCUGGUUUCAUCAUUCGAAACCUUGAUUGACAUGGUCCCUACAUCUUAUGUAACGUCAGCUUGGAGGGUGGAGCAGACACCAAAUGGUGUAGUCAGCUGCUUCCGUCAUGACUAUUGCAUAAAUUGACUGAUCUCGUAGAUAAGGUAGCGAGUGAGUGAGUGGUUCCUCAAUCUCUGACUACCAGCAAGAAGGAAAUGGAAACGCCCAGCUCUAAAUUCAUUAGCAAGUAGCAACUACUACUAUAUGAUAACCAACGAAACAGGAGCCUAAGGUCGGAAAAAUUCAGGUGUUUGAUAUAACUGCGAUUCUUCCCACAUAACUACACAUUGCAAUGAUGAGAACAUGCAUAGCAGUAAUAUAUAACCCAUCAUUCCCCCCCAUAAAUACUCAUCCAGCAACAUAAGUAUCCGAUAUUUAAUAAUAUAUAAUUAAUCUAUCUUAAAUAAAAAAAUCACAUAUCAUCCUACAUCACACUCCUGUACGGCUCC